AUGGAACAUAAAUUCCUAAUUGCCGCUUUGGCUUUUGUGGCUUGCGCCUAUGCUGAUGUUUCCGAAUUGGGCUACACAUAUAAACGCCCAGAUGGCCCCGGUAUCACAUAUGUGUCAAAACCUAAAGUUGUUAAACCCAUUGUUGAACCCUUUGGUGAGCUUAUUGUUGAACCCUUUGGUGAGCGUAUUGCUAAACCCAAGGACAUUUUUGGACCCUUUGGUGAGCGUAUUGUUGAACCCAUUGCUGAACCCAAGCGCAUAGUUAAACCCAUUGUUGAACCCAAGCGCAUAGUUAAACCCAUUGUUGAACCCAAGAAAAAUGUUGGACCCAUUUUUGAUACCUUUGGUAAGCGCAUUGUUAAACCCAUUGUUGAACAACCCAAGGACAUUUUUGGACCCUUUGGUGAGCGUAUUGUUAAACCCAUUGUUGAACCCAAGCGCAUAGUUAAACCCAUUGUUGAACCCAAGCGCAUAGUUAAACCCAUUGUUGAACAACCCAAGGACAUUUUUGGACCCUUUGGUGAGCGUAUUGUUAAACCCAUUGUUGAACCCAAGCGCAUAGUUAAACCCAUUGUUGAACCCAAGCGCAUUGUUAAACCCAUUGUUGAACAACCCAAGGACAUUUUUGGACCCUUUGGUGAGCGUAUUGUUAAACCCAUUGUUGAACCCAAGCGCAUAGUUAAACCCAUUGUUGAACAACCCAAGGACAUUUUUGGACCCUUUGGUGAGCGUAUUGUUAAACCCAUUGUUGAACCCAAGCGCAUAGUUAAACCCAUUGUUGAACCCAAGCGCAUUGUUAAACCCAUUGUUGAACAACCCAAGGACAUUUUUGGACCCUUUGGUGAACGUAUUGUUAAACCCAUUGUUGAACCCAAGCGCAUAGUUAAACCCAUUGUUGAACCCAAGCGCAUAGUUAAACCCAUUGUUGAACAACCCAAGGACAUUUUUGGACCCUUUGGUGAGCGUAUUGUUAAACCCAAGAACUUUUAUUUACCCGUUGUUGAACCCAAAAAAAAUGAUGGACCCAUUUUUGAUCCCUUUGGUAAGCGCAUUGUUAAACCCAUUGUUGAACCCAAGCGCAUAGUUAAACCCAUUGUUGAACCCAAGCGCAUAGUUAAACCCAUUGUUGAACCCAAGAAAAAUGUUGGACCUGAUACCUUUGGUAAGCGCAUUGUUAAACCCAUUGUUGAACAACCCAAGGACAUUUUUGGACCCUUUGGUGAGCGUAUUGCUGAACCCAAGAACUUUUAUUUACCCGUUGUUGAACCCUUUGGUGAGCGUAUUGCUGAACCCAAGGACAUUUAUGAACCCAUUGUUGAACCCUUUUGA